ACUAAAUAAUAACUAAUGGCGAGUGUAAAACUGUUGCACAAAUUUGGAAUUUUCAUAUAGGCCUGCUGUAAAAGGUGUUUCAAAGUCAUUGUUUAUCGUUUUAGUGAAACAGAUUUUGGCCAUAGGCAAAUUUAAUACACAUUCAUGUCAAGUAGUCCGCAUGUUGUGCGCAGUUACAACGCGUAAGAUUUAAUGUUUACUAACAAACAAUUAAAUAAAUCAUUUCCAAUAAUGUAACUGUUAAUAAGAAAAAUCACAACAAUAUGAACUCUGUGAGCGCGCACUAGCUCCUCCUGCAGGAGCCGUUUCUAUGGCAAUAGCUCCACGCGCGCGACACAACAAUGAAACGCACAGAUUUAACGGCUUUCACCGGAAUAACGAUUUAACAGCAUAACAGGAACCAAUUUAAGGUACAACACGGUCAUGAGUCAACCAGAGGGGCGGAGCCAUUCUCUAUCAGAGAAUGAAGAGGAGGAAUCUGAUGAGAGGGCCACACCCCUUUCUGCAAUUGCGCCAGAGGCUGAUGGUCAUUAUAAACAACCCACUGUGAUAUCAUCAAAUCCAGCUUUACAGUGCCUGGACCAGCUUUUCUCAGAGGGAAAGAUCAGUGGAGCAAAGGUGGCUCAUCUUAGGGCCAGCUUCAACCUCUUACAUCAAGCUCUGAAAAGUUCUCAGGAGUCAGAAAUGCAGUUGCUGCAGGAGGCAAAGGCCUUCCGCACUAAGCUGGAGGAGCAGAACCAGGAGCUGGAGAAAGCAGAGCUGUUUCCUGAAGGACAGGACACAGAGGUCAGCGGCCUGAAACAGAAGCUUCUGCAGUCCUACAAUGAGCUGAAAGAGUAUGAGGAGAGAGAUUACCACAUGCAGUUCCAGCUUGAGUGUCUUAAAGAAGAGAAGCUUUAUCUUCAGAAAGAGUACCAAAACCAGCCUAAACCAGCUGAGCUGGAAAGGAGGUACAUGACUCUGAAGGAGAGCUGUGAGGACAUGAGAAAAGAGACCGUCCAACUGAGACAGGAAGUGAAGACUUUAGCUGAAAAUGUGGAGACACAACAGAAACACACAGAUAAAGAACGUUGUGAGCUCGAUGAGUUUAAAAACCUUGUUGAGAUCAGCGAGGCUGAGCUGGCUCAGGUGUGCCUCAUACCUGUUCAGCUGCGAAAGGAGGUCAACAGGGUUGCCCACAGGAAAUCGGAGGUAGACAACCAGGUGGCUGUGAUGGACAAACAACGUUUGAAGCACAUGGAGCACCAACAGAUGACAGUGGAGAAGUGCGAGAAGGUGAAGGAGGCCCAAAGGGAAGUUCUUAGAGAAUUGGAUGGCUAUAAAGCUCAGCUAAUGGCCGCGCAGAGUAAACAAGAGAGACUUCUUAAGGAGCUGCAGAUGACCAAGGAAAAAGAGGCCAUCUUCAUGGAUCAAAGGGGUCUACUGGAAAUUAACAUGGAGCAGAUUGUGGCCGACUGCAAGUCUCUGCGUGAUAAACAGGCCCGAGACACGAGACUGAAAGACAGACUCGUUCGAGUCCUGAAGAGAAAUGAACUGCAGUUGAUACAGGCCAGCGAUGCUCUCAUUCACACUCAACAGCAGCAUGCCAGGACCCAGGCUCAGAGGGAUGAAGUCCCAGAUGGUGAUUGCUUCUUGCAGAAAAGAAGAGAUCUUGAAAAAGAAGUCGAGGACCUAAAACGCAGUUUGAUUAUCAAGCAGUCGAUGGCAGGGUUGAAGGUCCAGCAAGUUGAAGAGUAUUUGGAGCAAGAGCAAGCUCUCAUAGGAGAGUCUCAUCGCCGCAGAGACGAGCUGCAUCACCUCCAUCGUCUCAUACUCAUCAAAGCAGACGAGAGAGAGCACAAGAGCCGAGAACUCCUCAAAGCACAGCUAAAAUAUAAGCGAUCCAAGCAGGAUCUACAGGGAAAAGGUCUGGUUCUUCAAGAACACAAGAAACUUAGCCAAGAGACCAAGUCAAGGCUGAAUGUAUUUGCUAAACUUUAUGAAGUCACCAAAGGAGAGCGAAACAAAUAUAUGAGCCUGAUCCAAAUCUCAAACCAGAACCUUGAAGAAGUAAAAGAGAAGCUGAUUAAACUAGAGGAAGACCUGCAGAUUAUGCAGCCGAUUGCUAUGAACAAGGACAAGAUACUUCAGAAGUUCCGUCUGCAACACUCUCAAUGCUACAAGCUCAGAGACCAUAUGAAGAACGUGAUCUCCAGGAUCUCCCAGGUUCUGCAGGAAAUGCACCAGAAACGAGAGGAGCAGAAGCUGAAUCUCAGAAAACUUGUGCUCACAAUCACCACACAGGAGCAAAACCUGUUGCAUCUGCGAAAGAGCUACGAGGCUGCAAUGCAGGGUCGCAACGAACGGGGUGUGCAGCUUGUGGAAAGAGAACAGGAGCUGUGUGUUUUUUACGAGAGGCUAAAUAAGCUGAAUGGUGCCAUGCAAGAAGACAACAAGAAGAUCCAGGUCAUGGAGGAUGAGAUCAAAAAGCUGAAGAUUCUCCAGAAAGAGCAGGACAGACAGAUCAACCUGCAGAGACAACAGCUGUCCUGCAUUCGGGCCCUGCAGGAGGAGAGCACUCUAUUACAGAUACAGCUGUCUGAGAGCCAAGACAAAGUGAAGGAGCUAGACAAAGCUGUAGGGGAUGUCAACAGAGCACAAGAGCUGAGUGGAGAAGAUCCAUCACCCGAGGACCUCCUCAAGAAGAUCGAAGAGUUAGAAGUUCAGCUGACAGAGAAAGAAGCUCAGCUCUUGGAAAUGGAACUGGUGUACGAGCAGGUCAACCACCUGUCCCAGCGGAUCAGAACCAAAGCAGAGAAUGGUAAAGAAGAUUCACUUCAUCUGGCUAAAAAAGUGAACGAACUACAGGCUCAGAUCAGGGAGCGCACUCAUAAAAUGAUGGCCGUGGUGGCGGAGCUGUCCAUGUGGCAGGUGGAGUCUAUGACCCUUCAGCAGGAGAUAAAGGAAAAGGAAACACAUCUGGACUCGUGUCAGAUGCGUCUAGAGCAGGGCCUGCCCCCCUCAGACGCCAUAGAGCAGGAGUGGCUGCGAUGUCUCAGAGAUCAGCACACACGCCAGGCUAACGCUGAGAGAAAACUGGCUGAAGAAGAUGAGUGGAAGCAGCUUCCAAGCGGUGUUUAUACCACGGCUGAGCUUCGACCCAACGCUUACAUCCCCACUGACGAUCCUUUACCUGUGCCCAAACACUACGGAGCCCUAGCCCCCUUCAAACCCGCCGAGCCUGGUGCCAACAUUCGCCACAUCCGCAAACCGAAACCCAAACCUAUCGAGAUUUAGAGGAAGUCCCUCCUGCAAACCUGCUGAGAGUGAGUCCCUCCAUCACCACCAGAUUGAUGACCCACAUUUGAAAUAAAAAUGCCACAUGUGCUCCUAUUCCUGAGGAAUCUUGUUCAUUUCCUCAGGACUAGCGACGUUAACGCUAGACUUGUUUGCCGUAUGGGUCUAAUUUCCUCGCUGAGCUCAUGUCCAGCAGCUCUGUGGAUCUCCUGCUGUUAGCAUGCUGGGAAUUCAGUAACGGUGGGGAGAGAACUUG